AUGAACAAAAGUCUACCACCACCACUCUCUACCAAGAAUUAUCAACCUGUUCUCUGUGAACCCAGUCAAAAUCCAACAUUAAUCAUUGACAAUGGUUCUUCCAAUUCCAGAGUUGGUUUCUCAUUUGAAGACAUUCCUGGUUCUGUAUUUCCUACAGUGUUUGGCAGAGUAGGAGGUAGACCGAUUUAUAUAGGACCAGGUAUCGCUAGGGAAGGAUAUGUUGGCCAUGAAGCAUUGUCCAAAAGGGGAAUUGCUUCAUUGAAAUAUCCUAUUAAGAGAGGAAUUGUAACUGAUUGGCAAUUUAUGGAAAAGAUAUGGAGCCAUAAUCUUAUUUUGGAAAUGAACAUUGCUAUGGAGGAGCAUUGUGUUUUAUUGACAGAAACUCCAUUGAAUCCAACAGCAAAUCGUGAAAAGAUGUGCCAAUUAAUGUUCGAAAGGUUUCGUGUACCAGCAAUGUGUGUUGCUGUUCAAGCUGUGUUGUCUUUGUUCGCUUCAGGUAGAAGUAGUGGAAUAGUGUUAGAUUCAGGAGGUGGAGUUUCAAAUGUUGUUCCAGUUUAUGAAGGUCUUGCCUUGCCACAUGCCAUUUCUAGACAAGAAUUGGCAGGUAGCGAUGUGACUGAUCAUUUGAUGACAUUGUUGAUGGAUCGUGGUUAUAGUUUUAUAAGUGCUGAACGAGAUAUUGUGAAUGAUAUUAAGGAAAAGAUGUGUUUUGUAGCUUUAGAUUGUGAUUCUGAAAAGAAAUUAUUCGAAAGUUCGAUUCCAACAGCAGAUUCCUCAUAUGAGUUGCCUGAUGGAAAUGUUAUCAAUCUAGGUUGCGAAAGAUUCAUUUGUCCAGAACUGUUAUUCCAACCAAACAUGGUGGAAAUGGAAGAAAUAGGUCUUCAUGAAUCCAUACACAACUCUAUCCGAAAGUGUGACCUCGAUAUUCGAAAGCAAUUGUAUUCCAACAUUCUUCUCGCAGGAGGGUCUACUCAAAUUAAAGGAUUUUCUGAGAGAUUGUUUAAGGAGUUGAAAGAAAUUACUUCUUCCUCUGUGGAAUUCAAUAUUGUCACCCCACCAGAUAGAAAUAAUUCUUCUUGGAUUGGUGGAAGAAUUCUUUCGUCCAUGUCAACUUUUGGAUCAAUGUGCAUGUCCAAAGCCGAAUAUGAAGAGAUUGGACCUGGAAUAGUUCAUAAAAAAUGUUUCUAA